AGUAGUGACUAGUGAGUGCUAUAGAAUUAGGGUGAGAAGAACAGAACAAAAUCGCGAAGAACCCUAAUUGAUUUAUUGAUUCAUUUUCAUUCCCAUGGCGUCCCGAAGAGGUGGAGUCUCACUCCCAGACAGACCUAGCAACAACUCAAGCUCCGUCCUCGCGAAGAUCUCGCGCUCCUCCAUCGUCACCCGCGGCAAGGAAGCCGCCGGCGACGCCGCAUUCGUCGCCAAGAAGCUCCUCCGCAGCACCGGCAAGGCCGCGUGGAUCGCCGGCACCACCUUCCUCGUCCUCGUUGUUCCUCUCAUCGUCGAGAUGGACCGCGAGCAGCAGCUCAACGACCUCGAGCUCCAGCAGGCCAGCCUCCUCGGCACCCCCGCCCCCAAAUAAAAUUUGAGGUUUUCUCUCUGAUCUGAUUAUCCCUGUUUGGACACUCUGCUAUAUGAACUUCUGCUUCUAGGGUUUCCGGUUGCAAUAAUUUUUUUUACCGUUUCUAGAUUUUGAUUAUAAAAACCUUACUGUGAGGAGGAGUUUUGUGUAUUCUUACGAUUAAUAUAUGUCAUUAGUUGUUAAAACGCGGGUUGUUGAGUGUAAUUUACCUGCUACUUGGUAGAAUGAUUCUAUUUCAGCAUGCGUUAUGUUGGUGCUGCGUUAUUCUAUUUUGUGAUGAACAUGAGAAUGGGAUUCGUAUACUAUCUAGAAUGAUAUUGAGCUACAAUUAAGAUCGUAUUCCACAUGUUUAGAGUA